UAGAGAGCAAAGUCAGAGUGGCCGUUGGAGUCUGGAAGUUUGGACUGUAACAGGCUCGAGGCGCUGUGCAUCACUGUGGGACACACUGAAACGGACCGUUAACACAGAACAAACGGCGCGAACGUUUCCUUGAAGUGGGACAUUAUAGCCCAAGGCUUUACCUGGGUUGACUUCACCUCACGCCGAAUAGGCCUCGUCUUGUUUACUCUGCGAGUUCCUGGCAACUACGUCAUCAAGUGUGUGUGUGACAUCUCGGAGGCGGGGAGCGCGGAGCAUCGGGCCAAUCAGCGAGCAGGCCGGAGAGCUCCGCAAAGCGCACGGCAUAAAAAGCCGCGGUGCUGGGCGGCCGCCUGUCAGUAAAGAGGAAACGCGUAGAGCGCUGUUUGAGAGCAAAAAAGGGGCUCAUCUACACACGAGUGGAUUGAAAACAACUGAAUUAAUCAUUGGACUCCGCUUUGAAUCCGACCAAAGGUACAAAUCGACUCCUUGGUACAGUACAGUUCCACUAUUUUGGAAGUUUUGCUGUUUUGGUAGUUUUGAUCUUCGGUAUAAUAAUACAGCGGGACUCUGUGCUGGAGAUUGACUCGUUUUGGGACACUGACGCCCCGGUGUCCGAGCAGCACCUUUGCAGCGCACUCUUGUAUUUGACUGUCUGAUUUGAAAUAUGUCCACAAUAAUGGAACAGCCUUUUUAUGACGACUCGUUUCUCUCUGCUUAUGGCCACCCAGGCGCAUCCCUGACAGACUACAAGCUGCUUAAGCAGAAUAUGAACUUGAACUUCUCCGAUUCAUAUCGGAACGCAAACUUCAAGUCGCAGCACCUGCGCGCCGAGAGUGAUUUCUACUCCGCGGGGUCGGCGGACGUGGGCUCGCUGAAGCUCGCCUCCCCUGAACUGGAGCGACUGAUCAUCCAGAACAGCAACGGAGUCAUCACUACAACGCCGACGCCUCCCCAGUACCUCUACAACCGCGGGAUCACAGAGGAGCAGGAGGGCUUCGCUGAAGGCUUUGUGAAAGCGCUGGACGACCUGCACAAGAUGAACCAGAUGGCUCCUCCGAACGUGUCCAUCGGCGCCGGUGGCAUCUCGUGCCCUUCUUCUGUGUUCGGCUCCCCCAUGCAGCCGGAGUCGCUCGAGUACACCAACCUGAACAGCUGCAGCACGAACCCCAACCUGUCCGCCGCCGCCAACUACCCGUCCACCACAAUCAGCUACCUGCCUCAGUACCACCAGCACGCGCAGACCGUCGCGCACGGAUCCCACCACUUCCAGCACUCCCUGAGCGCGGCGGGGCUCCACUCGCAGCGGUACGGCGGCUUGAAAGAGGAGCCGCAGACAGUCCCGGACAUGCACAGCAGCGACAACAGCUCGCCGCCGAUGUCCCCCAUCGACCUGGAGAAUCAGGAGAGGAUCAAAGCGGAGCGCAAGCGGCAGAGGAACCGGAUCGCGGCGUCGAAGUGCCGCAGGCGCAAGUUGGAGCGCAUCGCUCGCCUCGAGGACAAAGUCAAAGUGCUGAAAACGGACAACGCCGGACUGUCGAACACGGCGUCGCUACUGCGCGAGCAGGUGGCGCAACUCAAACAGAAAGUCAUGACGCAUGUGAGCAGUGGCUGUCAGCUCAUGCUGGCGCCCAAAGUGAAGUCUUAUUAGGGAAACGAUGCACUUUUACGAACACUGGAGAAGAACCGCACUGACAACACAGCGAACAAUAUCUUUAUAGCCGUUCGGCUGACGACUGGAUCACACAUUGCAAGACUAAAAAACAAUACUAAAACACUUCGGGCAUUUUUGAACAACGUUUUUAAAAGUGUCAUUCUGGCUUUGCCUGUUUACAUUUUCUUUAAUGCUAUUGGUGAUGCCUAUGUAAGUUAUUCGUGUUUGAACCUGAUUAUUUUUUUUACUUGUACAGAAUAUUUAAGUAAAUGAAAUUGUAAAAAAGAGAAA